CGAAGGUCAGCAGAUAAAAAUGUAUUCAAGGCAUAAGCGAGCUUCCUCACAGUAGGUAGUUUCUGUUCUAUUUCAAGAAGGCGUAGACCAUGUUCGCCUCCAACCGCUUAGCCUGCGCUUUAACCAGAGCUAGUGCCCGUGUUUUCGAAAACCACAGUGUGGCAGGUACAUGGUCGGUGCGAUCAAAAGUAACUUUCAACUGGGAAGACCCUUUUAAUCUAGAAUCACAGCUAACCCAAGACGAGAAGAUCAUCAGAGACUCCUUCAGGUCGUAUUGCCAGGAAAAACUACUACCAAGAGUGGUUCAAGCAAACAGACAUGAAGUCUUCGAUAAGGAUACCCUGAAGGAGUUAGGAGAAUUGGGAGCUCUAGGCUGUACAAUAAAGGGAUAUGGCUGUGCAGGUAUUUCUAAUGUCGCUUACGGGCUUUUGGCCAGAGAAAUAGAAGCUGUUGAUAGCAGUUACCGAUCUUCUCUGAGUGUGCAGUCUUCACUGGUAAUGUCUGCUAUUGAUCAGUUUGGUUCAGAAGAACAGAAACAGAAGUAUUUGCCCAGGCUAGCGAAGGGGCAGAUCAUAGGUAGCUUUGGCCUAACAGAACCAAACUAUGGCAGUGAUGCAGGAGGGAUGGAAACCAAAGCAGUCUUCGAUCAAAAAACAAAAACCUACUUAUUAUCUGGUAGUAAAACAUGGAUCUCUCACGCGCCAGUGGCGGACGUCUUCGUGGUUUGGGGUAAACUCGAUGGCAAAGUGCAUGGUUUCAUCUUGGACCGUGAAGACCAAACGGAAGACAGUCUGAAAACUCCCAAAAUAGAGGGGAAACUAUCCUUGAGGAUCUCGUCCACUGGAAUGAUUCUGAUGAAUAAUGCCGUAUGUCCUGAAGGAAAUUUGUUGCCCAACGUUGUAGGCAUGAAGGGUCCAUUGAGUUGCCUCACCAACGCCAGGUAUGGCAUAGCUUGGGGCGUCCUUGGGGCUGCUGAGGCAUGUUUGAAAAUAGCCAGAGAGUAUACUUUGGACAGGAAACAGUUCAAUAAGCCUCUAGCUGCUAACCAACUCAUGCAGAAGAAGAUGGCGGAUAUGAUGACAGAAAUCGCUUUAGGACUGCAGGCUUGUCUGCAUGUUGGGAGACUCAAGGACAAAAAUUUACUCUGUCCUGAAAUGAUAUCCAUUCUGAAACGUAACAACGCAGGAAAAGCGUUGGAUAUAGCCAGGGUCGCCAGAGAUAUGCUUGGUGGAAAUGGAAUCCAAGAUGAAUACCACAUUAUGCGCCACAUGGUCAAUUUGGAAACAGUCAAUACGUACGAAGGUACUCACGAUGUACAUGCAUUAAUAUUAGGAAAAGCAAUCACUGGAAUUGCAGCAUUCUAAAUUGUGGAAAUUAUACAUUAUUUAUGAAAA